GAUUUGACCUUGACAUUGAAAUUUCGACAAAGUUGAAAUAUGUCUUUAAGAAUCAUUCUCAGCUCUUCCUGUUUUAGAAAUACAAUAAAUACUUCAACGAAAAAGUAAACACAUUUCCUAAUUUUUCUUCAGCUGUCAUUUUUUUUUCAGAGAAUCUUAAAUUUUUAAUUUUUUACAAUGAAUUUAGAUUUGGCAAUGUGCAAUCGUUCAGAGAUAUUGGGCUAUCUAAGUCUUUUUGGCAAAGAGGCCAAACAGUACACACAAAAAGUUCACCUAAGAGAAGCCUCUUUCCUGAUAAGAACCUUGAACCCAAUAUUAGGCCUAGUUUAAUUAAACCCUUAGUAAUGGGUGUUGGGGUCAGUCUUACUGCCUAUGGAGCUUGUAUGGUUUGGCAAUAUGAAAUAUUGCGUCAGAAAGCUUAUUCUAUGUCAAAACAGUUCACAAAUGUUCAUUCGGGUAUUCGUGGCCAAAUACAUUCAAUAUGGAAAAGAAUGAAAUUAACAGAAAAAGUAGCUGUCUCUAUCAUUGCCAUAAAUACAGGGGUAUUCUUAGCUUGGAAAGUACCAGCUCUUAGCCGAUAUAUGCUUAAAUAUUUUUCAUCAAGUCCAUAUUCAAAAGCAGCAUCAUCAUCAAUGUUUUUUUCAUUUUGGAGUCAUUACAAUACAUUUCAUUUGUUAGCAAAUAUGUAUGUGUUUUGGAGUUUCUCGUACGCCGCAGGAGCACUGCUCGGAGCACCGGAAAUGGUGGCAUUCUUCGUUACUUCAGGUCUUUUAUCUAAUUACGGGAGUUACAUCUUCAAAGCACUAACGCAUAGUAGAGUUCCAUCCCUAGGAGCCGUGAGUUGCACACAAGAGAGAUUUUUUAACAGCGUCUAUUUGAUAUUUAUUUUCUUUUUUGAAGUCGGGAGCUAUAAUGGCUAUUUUAGGGCUCACUUGUGCACGCUUUCCAGAAGCUCGCCUAAGUAUUGCGUUCGUAGACCAGCUAAUACCUCAUUCUUUUACAGCUGACAAUGCCAAGAAUGGUUUGAUUCUAAUUGAUGUUCUUGGUAUAAUCUUUCGAUGGAGAUUAUUUGAUCAUGCCGCUCAUUUGUCCGGAAUGCUAUUCGGAUUAUUCUACGCUCAUUAUGGUCAUAAAAUGGUUAGAGCUGGAGCGAAGCCGAUCAUGUCAAAGUGGCACGAUUUAAGAAGAUCGUCAGAUAAAUAGGAUAUGAAGUUAUGAAACUUUCUACAGUUUUUUAAGUAUUUGUUAUUUGUUGCCAAAAAAAAUGUUCCCUAUAAAAUUAAAUAUAUAUAUAUAUAUAUAAACUAUAUACUAAUGUAUUAGUAUAUUAAUCAUUCAGUCGCACUUUUAAUAAAGCAGUUCAUUCUUAUUUUAAGUCUACUAAACUGCAAAAAAAAGAACAUUAAAGAAACCAAAGAGAAAGCCUGACAAUUUAUGACUAACAGAAAAUUUAAUGCUAAUAUUAGAUGCUUUAUUAAUCAUAAGGCAAUCUAUUACAUUCUUCCAUCGCGCCAAAUAUUCAAAGCUAUUUUCGAAUGUC